AUGUUAUCGAGUCUCCUUGCUAAGAUUACAGCAGCCCCGCAGGAUGCAGAUCACUACAACACACUGGAGUCUACAUUAGAGCAGCAUAUGAAUGAACUCAUUACGCAGCAUCAUUUACUUAAAACGCCUCUUAUGGAAUUAAUGAAAUGUGAUAAACAGGCAGCCCAAACAUCUUCACAUGGUUUCGCCAUGGGAUUAACGUAUUUGGCAACCGCUAUUGUUUUAAGUGAAUCUCCGGUGGAAAAUGAAAAUGCCUCUUUAGUACUAAACACAGUGGAGCAUCAUCUUCUCGCACCGGCCUCCACUGCAUAUACACAACUUCGUGGACACCGAUCUACAUUAGAACGCUUUGAAUUGUUACUUCGUGGCUAUAUUGCUCUUCUUGAUAUCUGCGAUGCGGGAAAUUAUAGACGAAAGUUGUAUUAUCUACAUAAGGCCUGUAUUCACUUUACUCCUUCUUCGGAAUCUCUUAGUGUGGCGCAUGCGCUGUUGGUGCGAGAGGCGGCCCGGGCGCAUUGCCCCUCGCCUGCACUUUCUGUGAUGUCUCAGUCGGUGUUGGAUAUCUCGCCUGUUGAUACUGGGGCUGGUGUACAUCACUUUUAUCGAUAUUACUGCGAGGGCGGGAUGUUGUUAGCGGGACUGCAGUGUUGGGAAGAUGCCGCGGCGUGGCUUCGUGCGGUUCUUUUACUCCCACAACGUGCCUUACGUGGGGCGAUGGCUUCGCAAAGAGAUGUAGAGAUGGAUACAUUACUGUUGAGAGCGCGAAAGGCACUUAUUCUAGUUUCUAUUAUUGCCCAUGGGGAGUUCUCAGAUCCGGUGGAUCGAAAGAAAUCUAAACAUAUGAUGCAGCAGUUCCACAGAGACUCCACGGAGCCGUAUCUUCGACUUCUCUCCGCCGCCUCCAGACGAGAUGGGAAGAUGUGGGAAACGGUAGAAAAACACUCAGCGUCUCUUUGGGAAAAGGAUGAAAUGAUGGAACUCGUUGUAGAGGCUGGAGAACGAUUGAAGCGACAUGUAAUUCGUGAUUUGGCAAAGGUAGCGAAUCGUGUCUAUCUCAGAGAUAUUAUCUCUACACUUCACAAACAUGGACUGUCGACUAAAAGUGAGAAGAAAGAGGAGGUGGAUACUGUAAUAGAUCUUCUUUUGAUUAUGCAAGAAGAGGGAGAAGUGCGGGUGAGUCUUGAGCAUAUUCAAUGCCCAGAUGAACAGACCACGGCUGGAGAGGCGGAAAAUGAAAUGGAACUUUCGAAUGUAAAACGUAUAGAAAAAGAAGAAAUCGUGGUUCGAUUGUCUAUACCGUCAGCACGUAUUCCUACAGCACUGGGGAAUUCUCGUAAAGGUGUGGAUGUGCUUUGUUUAUCGGAUGAGGAACGUAAACGAUUUAUACAGGCACAACUCCAUCGUGCAUUGGAGGAACGUAUACAAAGAUGUGAACGGGCCCAUCAGGCAUUAUUGCAGGCGACCGAGUUAACGGCAUUGGGAGAAAAAGAAAUGGGUGAAAGAGGAAAAGGUAUCAUGUAUGGAAGGAAUACACAUUUAUACAAUAAUGAAGAGAUGGAAAACAAUCUCACUCAUGGUGUUUGGUUAUAA